AUGGCCGUCCCUUACCUAGGCAGCCCGCUGUCUAUGGCCAAUAUGCAAAAUACGGACUACCUCAAUGCCAUGCCUUCUCUGGAUAUGCCAGACUCCCAUUCAGCGUACGACCAUGAAACAUUUGUUAGCGGUGACGACAUUGGUUAUGCGCAGCCUCAGAUUCCUGCGCAUUCUCUACGACGAUUUUCCAAUAACCACUUUGACGACCCCUUCCCCGAGAUGAUAGCCCCAUUCGAAACGCUUCCGUCAGAUCAGCAAUCCCAACAAGACUCCUCCAUCGACCAUAACCACAAACUGCUCAGCUUUUCUAUACCCAUAUACAAUUUUACUCUGCUCGAUUAUUCGCUACGUCGAACUUCCAUCUCCAUGGCCGCUCAGCUUCAUGGCAUGUUUUUUCUUGCCGAAUCGCCGUGGACCACAUCUCCCACGACCAAGCCAAGUGGUCCGCCCCCGAUGGCUGAAUUAACUUGCUACAGGCGGAAUCUAUUCCAAAUCACAGGCUCAGUGACACUGCCACGUACAAUGAGAUAUAUCAUGACAGAGCAGGGUGAUCGGAUCCCUAUACUUGCGCAGGAGCUCACAGUAUCGGCAACCGAAUCGGUCGAGGGUAAUCCCGUGAAAAUCAUUUCUGUUCCCUGGAAAACGCCUGCAGUCAAUGUCACAGGUCAGCCGGAAGACAAGACGGAAAAGGAGCCCCCUUCGAUUCCUUUGGAUAUCAUGGCAGGUCAGGAUAUAGACUCGGAUUAUGCUACUUUCUCCAUUGCGUGGAAGCGACUGCAGUUCCGUAUCGCCACUGCGAAUAAUGGCCGGAGGAAGGAAUUGCAGCAACAUUUUGUUGUGAGAUUGAAGAUUGUCGCAACGCUGUCAACAGGUGCUAAGAUUUCUAUUUGCGAGGCUCAUUCUGGGCCUGUAAUCGUGCGCGGCCGUAGCCCCAGAAACUUCCAGUCGCGUAAAGAUCUUCCCCUUAGCGGUAGUGCCGCAUCCUCACGAAAGCAUGCCCAGGCAAACGCCAACCGCGCGGCGACGAUCGAGGCUCCUUCCUCUCAACAGGGGACAGGAACGAAACGGAGCAAAUCUCCCCAGGAUCAAGAUGCCAGGAAGCAGCAGCUGCCAUCAUCGUCCUACCCGGAAUGGACACAGACUGCAACUGUUCCCUCCGCGCCUCUCCCCACACCCACAUUUACCAACGGUGCUGUAAAUGAUGCAGCCACUUCAUAUGCGAACUCCAGUCCAGACGUCCAUCAGCAUCGCGAAAAGCGGCGACGGAUCAGUGUCACGGGACGCCCAAUCAACCUCUCGUUCAUUGACGAGGACUCUAGCCCUGCCAAUUCCGCUGGCGACUCCAACUGCACACCCCCUGCCAUGUCCAUGCCGACAAACGCAGGCAUCCAUAGAUGGCGGGACAUCGACGGCUCACCCUCCGAGAAGUUACAAAAGAGCGCUACAGCCCAACCAAAGCGCCAACCUCUAACACACAAUCACAAUUCCUCAAGCAACGUAACCACCCUAAACCAAAUGCAACACCAACUCCAGCCGCCCCUCUUAGCAUCUCAGAUCAUCAAUCCCAGUGAAACCGCCGAUCUUCUCUAUGAGUACUUCCCGCUCGGCCUGGAUGACUGGCAAGCCCCUGUCGACGCCGUUUAUCGACCGCACGUUGUGCACCAUACGCACUUACCGGACGAUCCUAAGGCGAUAGCCGCGAGGAGUCGUAGUAGGACAUAUUUCAUCGAGGGGAGCUGA